AUGGCGCCCACGCGCUAUUCCCUCUCCAUCAAACCCCCCGACCGCGCUGCGGAAGAUGGAUCCGCGGAAGCCCCCCCGCGGAGAAGCAGCCUCAGCAGCAACUUCACCCCUGGGGGAAUCGGAACCGCAGCUGGCGGAGCACCCGCUGGCGCAGCAGGCGGAGCGCGGGGGUCGGGGGGGGCGGGCAGAGGGCACUAUGACGCCGGGCCUUGGGCUAUCCGCGUUCCCUAUCAGGAUGCGGACGUGCGAAGUGUCCUGGAAGCAGGCAGGGAUCCGUGGAGUUGCGCAGCAGGCGACGGCGCGGGGAGGCAGGGUGGCGCUGAUGCCAGCUACGGCGCUGGGGGGGGAGCGGGGGGAGUGAGCGGGGAAGGUGGACCCGGGGGAGGUGCAUCUGGAUCAAGAUUCGGGUUCGAGGGCGGCAGGAUCCAGCGGAGGUUCUCUCUUUCCACCCCGCGGGAGAUCGCCAGGCUGGCGCAUGCGACGAGCGGCAGCGGCAGUGGCGCCAGUGGGCCUGAGAGGCACGGGCUACAGGCUCACCCGCCACAGGAGGCCGCCCAAGAUGCAAUCGCAGCCGUUCAGGCUGCGCAGGCAGCAGCAGCCGCCGCGUCAGCCAACGGCCCUUCCAAUUCCGGCUCGUUUUCCACUGUUGGUUCGGGCAGUUUCAACAAUUCCAUGGGUAAUUUCCUACGGCAGCCAACUACCCCUCGGUCGAUACCACCAUCUCAGUCAUCCACCCGGGUCGAGCGGUUGCUGAGGGAGAGGCAGAUGAGGCGCAGCUCGAGCUUCCUCCAGUUCGACGUGGAUUCGGUGGACGGGCGGAUCAUGACGCCACGUGGCAUUGCCACGUCACACGGCAGUGCUGGGUCAAUUGCUGGGCCGCCGGCUCCUGGCGGAACAGGAGGAGCAUCGGGAAUGGGAGCAGGAGGCGGAGGAGGCGGAGGGGGAGGGGGAGGAGGGGGCGCAGGAGGGGGCGCAGGCGCAGCGUGGGUGCCAGGGCGUGCGCCCAUGGUUGGCCGAGCCAGCACGGCCUCCCGAGGCAGCUUCGCGUUUGGCGCGGCAGCCCGAGGCACCAGGUCCGGGCCACUAGCCCCGGUGGACCUCAUGUUAGGCCCGGACAGCCGGAACUCCAGCUAUGACAACCUGGCUGCUGUUGCCGCUGCUCACACCCCCCACAGCUCAUCCAUUCCCACCCCUUACACCUCCACACCACCCCGCCUCCCCUCUGCCGUCCCCUCACCAUACCCUCUCUCUUCCUCUCCCCACAUGGCCUCAUCACCUGCCAUCCCACGCCCGGCAGGCUCCACGCCCCGCCUGUCGUCGUCCCUCACAGCCUACCCGGGGUUCAGGGGUGGGGGCGCCAUGCAGCGCGUGCAGAGCAGCGGGGAGCUCACUGCUGCGGCGGCACAGGCAGCAGGUUUGACGGAUAGGAUCCCGGAAGAGGGGAUGGGAGCGGGGGACGUGGGAGUGGGGGGUGCGAGUCCUGGGGUGACGGUGCUGCCAGGGGUGGCUGGGAUUCCGGGUCUGGGAGUGGCUGUUCCGGGGGGUAUGGGAGCAGGGGGAACAGGGCCGGCUGUAGCAAGGCCGGCUGUAGCGGGGGCGGAUGUAGGUAGGCCGGCUGCAGCGGGGUCGCCUGUAGCAGGGCCGGCUGUAGCGUCACCACAGCAUAGGAUGGGAGGUAGGCCAGGCACCCCUAGCCAUGUUCUAGACCCUGGUCGGAUGCUAGAACCGUUGGGACCAGCAGCAGCAGUGUCUCUCACAGCAGAAGCAGAGGCAGAAGCAGCAGCAGCAGCAGCAUCGGCAGGACCAGCCAUGGCAGCAGCAGCAGCAGCAGCUGCAGCAGCAGCGAUCCCUCAGUCUGUACCAGUCGAGCCUCCCCAGAUGGAACCUCCGCCGACCCCGCCGCCCGCGCCGGCCGCGCAGCAGCGCAUGCAGCGGCUGCUGAUAGUGGCCAAUCGCCUGCCCGUGCGGGCCAGCCUACAGCCCGACGGCACGUGGGCGCUGGAGCUGUCCGCUGGAGGGCUUGUGAGCGCGCUGCUAGGCGUGAAGCAGAACUUUGAGACGUGUUGGAUAGGCUGGCCGGGGCUGUACCUGCACUCGCCUGCGGAUCAACAGCAACUGCACGACGCCCUGCAGGCCAAGGGAUGCGUGCCCGUGUUUCUGGACGAGAACACAAUGAAUGCGUAUUACAAUGGCUACUGCAACAACGUGCUGUGGCCGCUGCUGCACUACAUCGGCCUGCCCCAGGAGGACCGCCUCUCCGCCACGCGCUCCAUCCAGGGCCAGUACGGCGCGUACCGCUCGGCCAAUCACAGCUUUGCUGACGUGGUCAUGGCUCAGUACCGGCAGGGGGACAUUGUGUGGGUGCAUGACUAUCACCUCAUGCUGCUGCCUCAAUACCUCAAGGCCCGCAGCCCCAACAUGAAGGUGGGGUGGUUCCUGCACACGCCCUUCCCCUCCAGCGAGUUCUUUCGAGCGCUGCCCCUCCGAGAGGAGAUCCUGCAGGCUGUGCUUGCCGCUGACCUCAUUGGCUUCCAUACGUACGACUACGGGCGGCACUUUGUGAGUGCGUGUGCGCGCAUCCUGGGGCUGGAGGGCACGCCCGAGGGCGUGGAGGACCAUGGCAGACUCACACGCGUCGCUGCGUUCCCGAUUGGCAUAGACCCGGAGCGGUUCAUAUCAGCACUGGAGAGCAACGUGGUGAAGACGCACAUCGCGGAGCUGCGAGCGAGAUUCUCCGGAAGGAAGGUGAUGCUGGGAGUGGACCGGCUGGACAUGAUAAAGGGCAUACCGCAGAAGCUGAUCGCGUUUGAGAAGUUUCUCGAGGAGCACCCUGACUGGCGCGACAAGGUCCUCCUCGUGCAGAUCGCCGUGCCCUCUCGCACCGACGUGCCCGAGUACCAGAAGCUGACGAGUCUGGUGCAUGAGAUCGUGGGGCGAAUCAACGGUCGAUUCGGCACUCUCACCACCGUGCCCAUCCACCACUUGGAUCGCUCCCUGGCAUUCCACGAGCUGUGCGCCCUGUACGCCAUAACGGACGUGCUGCUGGUGACGUCGCUGCGGGACGGCAUGAACCUGGUCAGCUACGAGUAUGUGGCGUGCCAGAACUACAAGAAGGGCGUGCUCAUCCUCAGCGAGUUUGCAGGCGCAGCACAAUCACUUGGGGCGGGUGCGCUGCUGGUGAACCCAUGGAACAUCACGGACAUGUCGAGCGCCAUAGAGGACGCGCUCACGAUGGGUGAGGAGGAGCGCGUCGACCGCCACCGCUACAACUUCCUGCACGUCACCACUCACACCGCGCAGGCCUGGGCAGACACGUUUGUCAGCGAGUUGAACGACACAGUGGUGGAGGCACAGCUGCGCACGCUGCACAUCCCCCCGCUGCUGCCCGUGUCCCAGUGUGUCGACCGCUUCCACCAGUGCCGCAACCGCCUCCUCAUCCUCGGCUACAACGGCACGCUCACAGCUCAGGUGGAGCCACACAGGCGGCGCACGCCUGAUCAGAUCAAGGAGAUGAAGGUUCGUCUACACCCGAUAAUGCCGGCUGCGCUGCGUCGGCUCUCCUCCGACCCGGCCAACACGAUCGUCAUAAUGAGCGGGUCGGAGCGUGCGGUGCUGGACGAGGCGUUCAGCGAGUAUGACGUGUGGCUGGCGGCUGAGAACGGCAUGUUCAUGCGCCACACGAGAGGGGAGUGGAUGACCACCAUGCCUGAGCACCUCAACAUGGACUGGCUCGACUCGGUUCAGCGCACGCCACGGUCAUACGUGGAGGAGAGGGAGACCUCUCUGGCAGGGUUCGCUUUUGAGUCGACUCAAAGGGAGACCUCUCUGGCAGGGUUCGCUUUUGAGUCGACUCAAAGGGAGACCUCUCUGGCAGGGUUCGCUUUUGAGUCGACUCAAAGGGAGACCUCUCUGGCAGGGUUCGCUUUUGAGUCGACUCAAAGGGAGACCUCUCUGGCAGGGUUCGCUUUUGAGUCGACUCAAAGGGAGACCUCUCUGGCAGGGUUCGCUUUUGAGUCGACUCAAAGGGAGACCUCUCUGGCAGGGUUCGCUUUUGAGUCGACUCAAAGGGAGACCUCGCUGGCAGGGUUCGCUUUUGAGUCGACUCAAAGGGAGACCUCGCUGGCAGGGUUCGCUUUUGAGUCGACUCAAAGGGAGACCUCGCUGGCAGGGUUCGCUUUUGAGUCGACUCAAAGGGAGACCUCGCUGGCAGGGUUCGCUUUUGAGUCGACUCAAAGGGAGACCUCGCUGGCAGGGUUCGCUUUUGAGUCGACUCAAAGGGAGACCUCUCUGGCAGGGUUCACAUUGGUGUUUGAGUAUUUCACGGAGCGCACGCCGCGGUCGUACGUGGAGGAGAGGGAGACCUCGCUGGUGUGGAACUACAAGUAUGCCGACGUGGAGUUUGGCCGCGUGCAGGCCCGAGACAUGCUGCAGCACCUCUGGACGGGACCGAUUUCGAAUACUGCAGUCGACGUUGUGCAGGGAGGCAAGUCAGUGGAGGUGCGGCCAGUGGGGGUGAGCAAGGGAGCGGCCAUGGAGAGGGUGUUGGGGGAGAUAGUGCACCAGAAGCCGCUGCCCUGCCCCUUUGACUUCGUCAUGACUGUCGGCCACUUCCUCUCACGGGACGAGGACAUAUACCAGUUCUUUGAGCCAGACCUGCCGCACGACAAAAACAUGCCCCCCGGCAUGGACGGUUACCAGCAGUGCAUGGACGGCACCCCCUUACCUCCCUUCCUCCCUUCCUCUCACCCCUCAUCUCCCAACCAACAGGACGAGGACAUAUACCAGUUCUUUGAGCCAGACCUGCCGCACGACAACAUCAACAACAUGCCGCCUGGCAUGGACGGUUACCAGCAGAGCAUGGAUGGUACCAUGGGUCCCAUGGAUGGUAACCGUGGUGUAUCCAUGGAUGGUAACAUGGUAACCAUGGGCCAUGGGCCCUUGGACGGGGCAACCAUGGAUCAAGUCACACGGGAUCAUAUCACGGCUCUUGAGCAUGCUGAUUCUUACCUUCCUGAGUAUUACACUACCAGCCCCACCACCACAUUUGAUACAAGCACCACCGCUACAAGCACUCUCACCGCUCCGCACGAUCGCUCCAAUCCUCCUCCUGACACCAAGCCUCCCCCGGGCCUCCCUCCUGCACCUCCUCCGAGCAUUCCUGGACCUGACAGCCUGGGCUCGGCGCCACUGCCUAUGUUUGCCGGACCAGGAUACGGCAGCCCCGUGCCUCAGUCCGCGGCUCGGGGGGGAGGUUCGGGGCCGCUGGUGGCGCGGGUGAUCUUUGGGGAUCCGCAGAGCAGAAACCAAAUGGAGGGAGGGGGAAGGCACGCUGGGAGGGAUGGUGGUGCUGCCCCUGCCGCCGCCGCUGCUGCUGCUGCCGCUGCCGCUGCCGCUGCUGCCACCGCCGCUGCUGCUGUUGCUACCUCAGCAGCUGCCGCUGGUGCUUGGGUUGCUGCUGGUCCCAGCUCCCCCUCUCCCUCUUUCUCUGCUGCCAACGCUGCCGCUGCUGCACUCUCUGACACCUCUCCACGGCCCCACACUCCGGACUCUGUCACAGCACGCAGCAGCCGGCUUAAGGCCGAGUCCCGAGCGGGGGGAGGGGGCAACGAUGGAGAUGCAGCAGUAGGGUCGGAGGGAAGAGCAGCACCAGGGGGGAUAGGAGCAGGAGCAGGAGCAGGGACAGGGGCAGCGGGGGUGGGAGGGAGUAGCAGUGGGAGGAGCCGAGGGGGCGGGCUGGGAGGGUUCCGAUGGAAAGGGGGCAAGAAGUCUGAAAAGAAAUCUGCCUUCUCCUUCUCCUCGCCGUCACUGGUCAGUCUUCUUGGGUCAGCUCUGGAAGGCGCCACGGGCAGCCCGAGAAAAACCAGCAUGGGGCGAAGCAGCAGUGGCGGGAGGGGGGAGGCGGAGCUAUGUUCCCCAGCUGCAAGCAAUGCUGCUGGGACUCAGGGAGUGGGGAACGGGAGUGGAAGGCGAGAGGAAGCAAAUGGAGCGGAGGCGGGUGAGAGAUUGCUUGCACCGAUCACUGGGUUUUCCAACCUGUCGAGCUUUUCAAGCCAUUCUGGGACGACCGGCGUUUCAGAUGAGUCAGGAUUUUCCACACAGGAGAGCUCGUCGAUGCUUCCUACUGUGCUGGACUCUGAGGAAGAUGGGCAUGGGGAGGAAAUAAGCCAUCGGAGCAGUGGGGAGUAUUGCCCGAUUGUUGAUCUCAACGCCGAUUCAUACUUUUCGUGUGCUGUGGGGCGCAAACGGUCUUUGGCGCGAUACUCGCUUGCAACCACUGAUGAUGUGGUCACCAUGCUGAAGGCGAUCUCAGAUAGCUAUGGCCUUGGCCCUGGGGACCCGGCUAUGGCGGCGGCAGGGGUGGCGGAGGGCGCGGUGGACGGGGAUUUGGCGGGGGACGCGGAGGGGGCGGCAGGGGCGGCGGGCUCGGACGGGGACCUGGUGGGGGCCUUGGACUGGGCCCUGGCGCCGCUCUGGGCACGUUCUACGGCCACGAACAACACCGACUACAAUGUCCGUUACGUGCUGAGGAUUGGCGGCCUGCCAACCCCAGGUCUUCCUACCGCUGCCGCCGUCCUGAAUAGUAACGGCGACGCUGUCCUUGAUUUCCCCGAUGCCACGUGGACCAACACCACUGGCCAGCAGCCUUAUGGCUACGGCUGGAGGAGGCGCAACCGCGCAUGGGUCUUUGGUGUGUGUUUCCGUUACAAUGCGACCGGGGUUUAUUACAACGCGAACACAAAGACUACUGAUGGCGGCAAGACUAUUGGGUCUAUUGCUGUGGCCAUGGUUGCCGCUCCUGCAGCUUAUAGUGGCCGCAUCACUGCUCCUGGUGGCGUUGCUUCUGGCAAGUUCCACACCUGGCGUUAG